AUGAACGAAAGGGGCGAGGCCAGUCAGGAGCGGAGGGAGAAGCGAAUGAGCAGAUCGUCGGGGCGUAAGGAGGAAAACAGCAGCAACGAGGUCGAACCGGUAGUUCCUGUGUCAUCCGCCUCGGCCGACAGCAAGCCCGCCGCAGUCAACCACGAAUCUGGGUCGGCACAAACGGGGGAGCAGCGCAAGCGCUCUCGGUUCAGCCUCAACCGCCUCUGGCGCUACAGCGCGGGCGACCACCGGCCCACCGACAAGCUCGACACCCACGCCGCCGAGGAGAACGGGAAGCCGGCCAAGCGCCGUAGCAUUCGGCUCGACCUGUUCGGGCGGCGCAACAAGACCGACCAGCCCACCACCCAGAGCCUCGACCUGCCGGCCACCGAGACCGCCCAGGCCGCCGCCGCCGCAGCCCGCAGCCGACAGGCCUCGAAGCAGCGCCACCAGGAGGCCGGCCUGUCACGGUCGGCCAGGGAGACGCGCGCCGUGCUCGCGCCCUCGUCGCCGUCGCGGUCGCACAACGCCAAGCACCAGCACCACCACCCGAGGGACCAGCGCGGCGGCGGGAGCGACGAAAAGAAGAAGAAGAAGCGGAUCGCGGUCGAAGGCCUGGACCUGGCGGUGGCGCGCGAGCACCGCGGGGCGUCAGGCUCGGCGUCGGCGCGGGGCGCGUCGAGCAGGAUCGGCGGCGACAAAGAGCGGCGGGAGCGAAGGGCGGACAACAGCGAGGGCGGCAAGAGUCGCCCCGACAAGGGCGAAGGGCGAGGCGGCUCGCGAAUCGAUCGCGACCGCGAACGCGACCGGGCGAAGGGCGACGCCGCCGAGAAGAAGGGCGCCGAGCGAGAGUCCAAGAACUCGCGCACGCCGCGCGAGCGAGGGCGCGAAGCUAAGGACUCGAAGGACGCCAACAAAGAGGCCAACAAGGCGGGCAACAACAGCAAAAACAACGAUCGGGAGCAGCUGCACAGCAGCAGCCGGGACGUGCGGGACAAGGACCGCGACGCCCGGGAGCGGAAGCCCGCGAGGGACGACAAGGAGAAGGAGAAGGAGAGAGAGGGCAAGCGGGAGCGAGAGAGAGAGAAGGACAGCCGGGAGCAGCGAAAGCAGGAGCGCAGCGGCGGCGGCGCGACGACGACAAGGACAAGCAGCGGGAGAGGAGGGGCACCGAUAGCAAGGACAGCAAGGACGAGAAGAAGGAGCGCCACAGGGGCCGAGACCGAGAGCGGGACCCGAAGGAGAGGCGAGGCGACAGGGAGGAGAAAAAGGAGAGGGACAGGGAGGGAGAGGAAGGGCGCCGACAAGGAGAAGGAAAGGGAGAGGGAGAAGGAGGGGAAGAGGGCGGCGAGCACCACGAAAGGCACGCCGGAAGCUGCGGCGCUGCCGCCGCCGGCGCCGGUGGUGGCGGGAGUGAGCAGGCCGGUAUCGCAGAGGGCGGAGGCGGCGGGACCGGCGAGGGAGAGGAGCGGCAGCCUCAGGCGGCGAAGCCGGCGGCCCGAUGACGACAAGGACCGGUGCACACCGGACAGGACCGCCAAGGACGAGCACCCAACAAGGGACCACGACAAGGUGGAGGAGAAGAGAGAGGAGAAGAAGGAGGAGAAGAGAGAGGGGAAGGAGGAGGGCAAGGCCCAGGCGAAGCCGAGGCGCAACACCACCAGUGCCAAGAAGGACGACGGGGACGGCAAGGACAAGGAGGCCGAUCGUGGCAAUAAUGUCGCUGGCGAGGGUGGCGAUGCCACGUCUGUGCAGAGCGACGAUGUUGGUCAAGGGGGUGAUGUCGUUGGUGACAACGUCAAUAGCAACGGCGGCGACGGCACGGACAAGAAGGACAAUAGGGACCCUGAACCACUAGAGGAGGGUAGCAGCAUCGACGAGAGCCCCUUUGCCCGAGAGCUGGCCAAGCGAGCCAACCAGAACCGUGAGCAGAAGCUGACGCAGAUGGAGCAGAUGCUGGCGACGAAGAAGACCAAGGGUCCCCAGCGACCCAAGCGGAGCACACCCGCUGCUGGUGCCCCCAAGAAGUCCGCAUGA